AUGCCCGCUCCGGCCCCCCCACUUCCACAGGCCGCUACCAAGACAUAUGCUGUCUCGGGGGAUCUCAGAGGGCCCACGUCCCUUCGCGGGUAUGAUCCUGAGCUUCCAUUUGCAACGGAGAGUGCAAACAGAUCACCAGUUGAACUUGCACCCGGACAAGAUAAGGAUGAUCCGGAAGGGCGGAUUCUUAACUUUAAGAAUGUCACCGAGCCGCAACCACUAAGAGGUACCCGCGGUGGCACAAUUGCCAGCAACCAUGAUGUCGAGCUCGAGAAGUUGCACCCGGACUCCUUCGCACCACCGACGACAGAUCACGGAGCUGUCAAGCAGGCGGAGUGGCCUCUUGGGUUGAGUCAUGUCAAGCUCGGGUUGGAUAGAGCCGGAUGGAGUAGACAACAAAAUAUCAAUGUGCUGCCUGUCGCGACAGAAAUGGCUGGCGUCAACAUGAGACUUGAGGCAGGGGGGUACCGUGAAUUACACUGUAUGUCCCGUCAUGUCGUUCCGAUAAAAUUAAUCCCCGAUAUUGAUAUCUUAUAGGGCAUACUGCUGGGGAGUGGGCGUUGAUGUUAAAUGGGUCAGCCAGAAUCCAGGCUAUGAAUGUCGAUGGUCAGACAUUCAUCGAUGAUGUCACCAAGGGAGAUGUUUGGUUCUUUCCAAGGUGCGUUUCUAUUACUCUUGAAAACCAGAUUCUCGCAUAAGGAUUUAACACGGGUCUAGCGGUGUACCCCAUUCCAUCCAAGGCCUCGAGAACGGGACUGAGUUCUUAUUGGUCUUCGACGACGGCGAAUUCUCUGAGGAUAGCACCUUCCUUGUCUCCGAGACGUUUGCACUCAAUCCUGUCAGUACCCCGCCAUCAGGCAUAGUUGAGAUCCGCUAACAAAUCAUUUAGAAAGAGGUCCUUACCAAGAACUUCCAGCUUCCGGAAAAGGCCUUCGAUGAUAUUCCGGAGGGUGAGCUAUUCAUUUUCCCGGGCACCCAAGCGCCGGAAGAUAUAGAGAAGCAGAAUGUCACCGGUCCGGCAGGUAUCAUUCCCAACAAGGAUAGUUACUCUUACCACUGGUCCCUGCAAAAGCCAAUCACCGCGCCCGGGGGAACUGUCAAGAUCCUCGACUCCAAUACGUUCCCCAUUGCGGAGAAUUUCGCCGCCGCCCUCGUCACCAUCAAGCCUGGAGCCAUUCGUGAGAUCCAUUGGCAUCCGGACUCGGAUGAGUGGUCAUAUUUCCUGUCUGGAACUGCGCGUCUCACAAUUUAUGCAGCCCAGGGAAACGCCCGAACCUUUGAUUUCCGGACCGGUGACGUCGGAUACAUCCCAAAGAGUCAGACUCAUUACAUUGAAAACACUGGAACUGAAGACGUCGUUGUUCUGGAGGUCCUCCAGGCAAAGAGGUUCACUGGUAAGUAGUUAUCCGGAAUUAAAUAUAUUGCUAGGUCAACCCCAAUAACAAUUGUGAAUUUAGACUUUAGUGUUGGCCAGUGGCUCGCUCUUACCCCGCCUCAGGUUGUUCAGGACACACUACACCUCAGCGACGAGUCCAUAUCACAGCUUUCCAAGGACAAGCCCUUCAUCGUGGAUGGACCCAUACCGGAAUAG